GAAAAACGCUUGGCGUGACCAUUGCGACUUCCCCCGUCCAUCUGGCUAAAGACGCUGCGAACGGUACGCGGAAGAGACGUCUAAGGGGGCGGGGCGAAGGAACGGGCGAACAUAAUUGAACACCAAAGGCUUGCCACCUGUGCAAGCCAACCCGGAACUGGUAGCUCAUCUGAUCCCAUCUCAUUCCAUCCCAGCUUGACGUGUCGCACCCGCGCAACGAUGGCCUUCCCAGCACCCCAGCCAGGGGCAUCGCUCCUCCUCGCGCACCGUAUGCAUCAGUCGGGUCCUCUAGCAGUAGACUCGCCAAGGUUGCCACCAGAGGCAGGCUAUUCACGACGCACAGUGCUCAUCAUCGGCACGUCGCGCCUGGCCGCUUCGCGCCUCUAUGCCUGCGCCGAGGCCGGGGCGUGGCCCGUCGUCGUCGCUCCGCCAGCGCCAGAAGCCAAGCUCGGAGCAGCUGCAGCCGGGCGGUCCGACGAGGAUAUGGACACAGCAGAUGUUGCAGAGGAGAUCAAGCACCGCGUGCACGCUGGCGAAUGCAGCUUCCUCUCUCUCGGUGCCACUCGAGCGCGUCGGCGUUUUUCGCGCUCGAGCUUACUGCAGCAGCAGCAGCAAGAGCAAGGGCAAGAGCAGCAGAGCAUUUUCGACACUGAUGAAGACGGAAGAGGAGGAGGAGAGGAAGCGCUAUGGACAAAGCUACUCGAUGCCCUCGACCGCAUUCCUGCACCCACGAAUGCGGAUGGGCUCGAUCAGAAGCAGCUGGCAGAUGACUAUACGGCUAGCAUCCAUGCAGAGCUUUGCUCCUCCGAUGAGGCCUCGUGCCGGCAGCCAUCCUCGUCACCGGACUCAGCCCUUCCCCCGCAGAUCUUCGCAGCGUGCAUCACGAACACCUUGCACACUUCCUCCACCCCUCCCCCUACGUGGCAUCCCAACGCCAGCGCCGAAAGCAUCCUUGGAGACGGUAGCAGCACUAUGCUGCGGCAAGCGCACCUGCUCACGCGCCUCUGCCGCGCACGCCGCAUCCCGCUGACAGUCGCGGAUCAUCCAGAGCUGUGCGAUUUUAGUUUCCCUGCCACGCACCGCUUUGCGCUCUCCGCAGUAGCACCGGCGGUAGCUCAUGACACGGAUUCGCUGUCCACGCCCACACGCCCGCGCGCAUCGUGCCUGCAGAUCGCCGUGACAACCAACGGGAAAGGCUGUCGUCUGGCUGGGCGCAUCCGCCGCGAAGUCGUCACGCUCCUCCCGCGCAACGUCGCCGACGCCGUCGAGAACGUCGGCAUGCUCCGCGCUCUCGCCAAGGACCACGAUCAGGUCCAGCAGCGCGGUCGCAGGGGCAGCGGUAGUCGCAGUCGUGGGGGCGUAAGUGGUAACAGCAGACGGGGGGCCGCCGAAGCUUCAGGGUCGGACUUGUGUGCGCUGCAAGAGGACGACGAGAGCUUCGACCCGGUGCCACUCAACCUGCCCGUCGCGCAGCUCUGCUCAACCGCUGCCGACCCGUCGGGCAGCUACUGCUCUGCUGUCCUAGUACGCGCGCGGCAGCGGGGGGAUGCGCAGCGCGAAGAAGCAGAGCGUGACGAGAGGACGCGCCGGCGCAUGCGCUGGGUGGCGCAGAUGAGCGAGUACUGGCCCAUCGACUACCUCGGCAACCUCAACCGCAAGCGCAUGGUCGCGUUGCUCGACGAGUACCACGAGCGCGAAGAGCAAGGCACACCUGGAGCGCAAAAGGCUAAGCAAGGACCAGGAUACGGAGACAAGGGCGAAGCUGCAAGAAAGGCUGCGUUUUCGGCUAAUGGGUCACACGGUGAAGAAGGCGUCACAGGAGCAGAUGAAAAUUCCAGUCGAGGGAGGUCUGCUCGCUCUGUCCCAAAGGCAGAUGAAGACGAGGCCGAAGCGGGCCAAGUGGGGAUUAGCGCCGGCGGCUCGUGGGCGCAUCGGCGCCCGUCACAGCAUUCGCUCAUCAUCCCACCUCCGCCACCGCAGCCGCCGUCCGCGAAGGGCCACAUCUACAUUCUCGGUUCGGGGCCGGGGCAUCCGGCACUGCUGACGCUUUUCGCACACAGCCUCCUGACAUCGCCCGAGACGCAUCUGGUGCUUUCCGACAAGCUGGUCCCCUCCGCGAUCCUCUCGCUCAUCCCGCCGACGACUCCACUGGUCAUUGCACGCAAGUUCCCUGGCAACGCUGAGGGCGCGCAGUCCGAGCUGAUCGCGCUCGCACUCAAGGCCGCUGUGCACGAGGGCAAGACGGUCGUUCGGCUCAAGCAAGGAGAUCCGUUCGUGUACGGCCGCGGCGGAGAGGAGGUGCUCGCGUUCCGCAAGGCCGGCAUCGAGAGCACCGUCGUGCCGGGUAUCAGCAGCGCUCUCGCUGCGCCGGCCAUGCUUGGCAUCGCCGUCACGCAGCGCGGCGCUGCAGACAGCUUGGUCCUCUGCACUGGCGUCGGCAGGGGAGGCAAAAAGGUCAAGUUGCCCGGCUACGAGCGCGGAUGCAGCCUCGUCAUUCUCAUGGGCGUCGCACGGCUGCAAGCCGUCGUUGACAUCCUCACACGGCCAGCUGGUCGUUCCCCAUCCACGCACGAAGCGCAGCAGGACCCUGAUCGCGAUGGCGCGCCUUUCCCGCCGUACCUCCCCAUCGCAAUUGUCGAGAGAGCGUCCUCGGCGGAUCAGCGUGUCAUCGCGAGUACGCUCGAAGGCAUCGUCGCAGCCAUCGAGCAUGUAGGCGAGCAGCGGCCACCCGGCAUGAUUUUAAUCGGCUGGACGGUCCUCGCGCUCGAGGGAGAGGGCGAUACGACCGUAUUAGAUGACGCAGCCGAGCUUGCUGACGCUGUAACGGUGGGCGCGGAUGGUGAUGAUGAUAACAUAGCAAACGCCCAGCAUGAAGACCAUGCCAGGCUGACGCGCGAGCAUGCAGAGCAGGAGCUCAGCCAGCGCGAUCUUGCGCGCGUCGCCAGAUGGCUCAAUGGCCGCAGGCAUAUCGUCCGCGAAGGGCUGGACCAGCCGUACAUGGACGCAUUGCGGCAAGCCAAAGCGCUGCAACUGGCACCCAUUCACAGCGCAGAGGGCACACCGCGCGCGCGCAGUCCGGUGAGGGGCAAGGCAGCGCCGGUAGCACCCGCGAUGACCGAGCAAGGAGUCGCUCAGAUCGCCGAUGCCGUCGGCAUGCGCAGUCAGCAUGGUUGGGCAGAGGGCCGCUACCGCGGCGCAGCACCGCAGGGUGGCUGGACGCCUGACGAAGAUCCUAACCGGCCCGCCGCAGACAUGGCGCGCUACGCUGCUGAUCUGGAUAUCCCCAACACUUUGAGGGAACGUUGAACUCUUUGUUCAAUCGAUGUUUCGCAUAAAGCCAGGAACCGCACACGCAAGCACACACACACAUAUAUACAAACUGCAUUGCACCGUUGUAAUUACCCCACCUCAGUUCC